CUAGAAAAGUUCUGAAAUCACUACUCCCAGUGGCUUUGUAUGGUAGAGUCGCAGCAGGAACGUGAUAAUGAACAGGAUUACAUAGAAAAUAAUGAUAAUGAUAAUGACUUGAACACGUUUAUGCGAUCAGAGUACUUACAAAAUUGCGAUCUCUACAACAGCUCGAAUAUCAACGAGUACGACAUCGAUAGUAACAGCAUCAAUAGCAACCAUUUAGAAGGUUCCUUAAAUUCAAUUUAUAGCAGGCCUGUGAGCACAUUUCGUCUUAGCCAGGAUCUGGACGAUAUGUAUAAUAUAACUUCCAGCUCCAAAUCUCAAAGUUUCAAUCAGGGCUGUAAUGAUAACAUUUAUAUGUUUAAGUCGAACAAGUCAUUAGAUGCUGACGGCUUGAAUGAUAAGCUUAUAUAGUAA